GAACUCCAAAUCAUUUGCGCUCUGUCUGAUACAUAAAUCCCUGAGCGAACCUCACUCGUCACCAUCAUCAUCUUCUUCCUCCGACUGAAUAACCCAUAGAGGAAAAUGCUGAUAAGGGCUUUGGCGAAGCGAGCUUCAUCCCAUCGGAGCUCGAUAAGUCCCGGGCGAUGGGAUUUGAUCUCGGCACUGCAGAGACGCGGGCUGUGCCUGGCAGUGCUCCCCGACGGCGUGGACCGCCAAUCGGAGGCCUACGCUCGCAACUCCGAAGCUAUGGACGCUCUCAUCUCCCACCUCCACUCACACAUCCACAAGGUAUUAGGUGGAGGAGGACCGGAGGCUGUGAAGAGAAAUAGGAGCAGGGAUAAGCUGCUUCCUCGAGAAAGGAUUGAUCGGCUGAUUGACCCUGGUUCUUCUUUCCUCGAGCUCUCUCAGCUUGCAGGCCACGAGCUCUAUGAAGAUCCCCUCCCCUCUGCAGGCAUAGUCACAGGAAUCGGUCCUGUCCACGGGAGGCUUUGUAUGUUCAUGGCCAAUGAUCCAACUGUAAAGGGGGGAACUUAUUUUCCCAUCACUGUGAAGAAGCAUCUUCGUGCGCAAGAAAUUGCUGCCCAGUGCAGGUUGCCAUGCAUAUAUCUUGUCGAUAGUGGGGGAGCCUUCCUGCCGAAACAGGCUGAGGUCUUCCCAGACAAGGAUAAUUUUGGCAGAAUUUUCUACAACCAAGCUGUCAUGUCUUCUGAAGGCAUCCCUCAGAUUGCUCUUGUACUAGGUUCCUGCACUGCUGGGGGUGCUUAUAUUCCUGCCAUGGCUGAUGAAAGUGUCAUGGUGAAAGGGAAUGGUACUAUCUUUCUCGCUGGACCUCCACUUGUGAAGGCUGCAACAGGAGAAGAAGUCUCUGCAGAGGAUUUAGGGGGGGCAACUGUACAUUGCAAGACUUCAGGGGUUUCGGAUUAUUUUGCUCAAGAUGAGCUGCAUGGACUUGCUUUAGGGAGGAACAUCAUUAAGAAUCUCCACAUGGCUGCUAAAUAUGAGACAAUGUCUGGAUUGCCCAAUGUCAAGGCUGAGGUCAAGGAGCCAUUGUAUGAUGUAAAGGAGCUUCGGUCAAUUGCACCAACCGACCACAAGCAGGCCUUUGAUGUACGAUCAGUUAUUGCUCGCAUUGCAGAUGGGAGUGAAUUUGAUGAGUUCAAGAAACUGUAUGGCACUACUCUUGUGACGGGGUUUGCCAGGAUUUACGGUCAACCUGUGGGAAUCAUUGGGAACAAUGGGAUCCUAUUUAAUGAAUCUGCUUUAAAAGGGGCUCAUUUCAUUGAAUUAUGCUCCCAGCGUAAUAUUCCUCUUGUCUUCCUUCAGAACAUCACGGGGUUUAUGGUUGGAUCCAGAUCAGAAGCAAAUGGUAUAGCUAAAUCUGGGGCCAAAAUGGUGAUGGCGGUUUCUUGUGCAAAGGUUCCCAAAGUCACCAUCAUUGUUGGUGGAAGUUUUGGGGCUGGAAAUUAUGCAAUGUGUGGUCGCGCAUACAGUCCUAAUUUCAUGUUCCUUUGGCCAAAUGCCAGAAUUUCGGUGAUGGGAGGCGCACAGGCGGCGGGAGUCCUAGCUCAGAUAGAGAAGGCAAACAAGAAAAAGCAAGGAGUUCAGUGGACGAAAGAAGAAGAGGAAGCCUUCAAAGGGAAGGUGGUGGAGGCUUAUGAGAGGGAAGGGAACUCUUACUACUCCACAGCUCGGCUAUGGGACGAUGGAGUUAUCGAUCCUGUUGACACACGUAGGGUACUGGGGCACUGUCUCUCCGCUGCUUCCAUGAAUCGAGCUCCACAAGAUACCAAGUAUGGAGUGUUUAGAAUGUGACACAGGUAAAUUAUUAGGUUCACUGAAAAUUGUUUUGUGGGGGGGGGGGGGGGGGGGGGGGGGGGGGGGUGGAAAUGAAUGAAGAAUGGAAAGCAUGGAAAGGAAGUAAAUCAUGUUGUCAGUUUCUCUGUAUUAGCAUAGUUCUUGCACAGCCUUCCUGUGGAACUAAAAUGAGACAUGUUCUAUUGAGAAGCUGAUUGUAUGUGUCUCAUCUAGUUCAGUUGGCUUUACUUGAAUCUGCUCUCUUUGAUUUGAAAUCGGUCCCUUAUCUCGGAUUAUGUAAAUCAAUCCGAAUAUGCUCCUUUUGAUUUGAAA